AUGUUUCAUGACUGUUUCAUUUCUUUUUUUCUUUUCUUUUUUCCCCUCUCUUUCUUCAGAAUGGUGAAGAUCUACAACCGACUACACCGUACCAUGGGGACUCUUACUUAUUUUACGUGUCACUCCUGGGAAUGGACGUACAACAAUCUGGACAUGCUGAAGAACCAACUGCUCCCAGAAGAUAGAAAAGUGUUCUACUUGGACCCUCGACCUCUACACUGGCCGCAUUACAUCGAGAACUACUGCCUGGGCAUUAAGCAGUUCAUCCUAAAUGAAGACAUGUCAGGCCUCCCAGCAGCAAGGGCCCAUCUACGCAAGCUAAGGAAUAUCCGUUACACGUUCAACUCCAUCUUGAUGGUCGUUUUGUGGCGAGUUCUUAUUGCUCGCUCUCACCUGGCUCGGAAUCUUUGGUAUCUCAUCAUGGGCCUUGUUUCAAAAGUUUGUCAAGAAUUUCUGGAUUACCAGUUCCAUGAGGCACUAGGAUGUGGGGAGACCUGUCACGCUACCACCUGCCUACCUGUCUGCCUCUCGACAAGCCCGGCAAGUCAUUCACUGGUCGACAAUUGCCUGCUUCCUUGUCUUUAA